GUUAACUUGGGCACUUACAAAAUAUUCAUAGAUAUUAAUAAGACAGCUUAUUAACGAAACUCUUGAAUGGAUUCCCCAGACAUCCACGUCCUCGCAGAGGCAUCCGUUCCUUCUCCGCGUGUAAAACCUGCUCCACAAACCUCUUCUAUCCAUACGCAAUUCUCCUAUUCCCCUAGUGACGACGGAACAGACGAGAAUCUCCUUAUUCUUCUGCACGGGCUCGGUGAUACUAAUGUCCCCUUCGCGCGCCUUGGGAGAUCACUCAAGCUUCCGCAAACAGCCACCCUCGCGCUCCGCGCACCUGAUCUCGUCCCGUUCCUGUACGAACAGGCUUUUCAGUGGUAUCCUUCCUUCGACCAGCUCGGUGAUCUCAUCGAACGGCCAGACCCCAGUCCCGCACUCAAUCUUCUGAAGAAUGGCGGAAGCGUUGCAGCCGAAGCAUGUCUGCGGUGGUGGCGUCGGGAGCUAGAACUUUCAUCACAGUCGCGCAUGACCAGCAAAGAGACCCCGGUGCGACCCUUGGGUUCGCUCGUCACGAUUUCUGGCCCGCUGCUCUCAUACCCAACGCUCUCGAAACCAUGCGAGACACCUGUUCUUGUUUUUCACCGCCCACGUGAGCUCAAGAAUGGGGCGCUAGAUGCAUUCAGGAAGGGUUUCUCUCGGGUGAAGGAUGUGGAGCGUGCGGGUGAGGGUAUGCCACGCGCAAGCUUGAGGGAGGAAUGGCAGCCAAUCUUGGAGUUCUGGAGUGAGGUGCUCGGUUGGCGUCCUGCAGACGGUCUGUAUGAAGUCACGACAGGAACGUCGAGUUGAGAACAAGCAAUUUUCGUAUAUCGCUUUUUAAAUAUUGAAAACUGACAGAAAACAACCUUUACAUUGCUUUGGGAAAGGUAACGGGG